AUGUUGCCUGACGAACUAAUGGAUCCUUGCAUUCUGUUUAUUGUCGACAAUAUGGAGCAGAAAGUAGAAACUGCCAGAAAUUGUAGUGCAGUCGGUGACAAAAGUGAAUUUCAGACGCACUUCUCAGACGAAAAUGGUGACUGGAACGAGUGUCUGAGACCAGUAGGCCAUCUACCGUGUAGCAAUAUCCAAUUAAGGCGCUGGAAGAAGUAUGAGGAAUGA